CUAGCAAUUGCUGAGCCUUAUGCUUUGCUUGUUUUGCAGUGGAUAGAAGGGGAAUCAUUAACUAAAAUUGGAGACAGUGAGGAAGAUCGAAGGGCUGAUUUUGUGGAUAAAUUGCUGAGUGAAGAUGGUUCUAGUUCCAAUGCUGUUCUCAAAGUUCCUGACAGUUUGGUUUCAGAUUCAUUUCAGAGGUCCAAUGUUCAAGAAAAUAAAAAAUUUGAGAGUUGCAGAAGCCGAUCCAGUUGCUGGAAGAGUGAAAAAUCUGAAAGUAUCCGAAAGUUCUCACCUGAAACAGGAACAAGAAAAGAAAAGGAAAAUGCAGAAAUACAAGGAUAUGUUGAAAACCAGAGAUGCUCUUCCAAUUGCUGUGCUGAAAGGUGAUAUAUUGCAACUGCUGAAUGAAGGAGAAUAAUGUCCUUGUCGUAUGUGGAGAAACAGGAUCUGGAAAGACUACUCAGGUUCCACAAUUUAUAUUGGAUGAUAUGACUGAGUCAGGAUGUGGUGGAAACUGCAACAUUAUAUGCACACAACCAAGAAGAAUAGCGGCUAUUUCUGUGGCUGAAAGAGUUGCUGAUGAGCGCUGUGAAUCUUCUCCAGGUUCAGAUGGUUCUUUGGUUGGUUAUCAUGUUCAUCUUGAUAGUGCAAGGAAUGAAAGGACAAAACUUCUGUUUUGUACAACAGGGGGAUAGAAAUUUAGCUGGCAUUACUCAUGUCAUAGUUGAUGAAGUGCAUGAACGAUCUCUUUUGGGUGAUUUUCUACUCAAUUGUAUUUA